CGCCCCGGGGAGCUGCGCACGCGAUGCCCGCUCGUCCGGGGGGGCCCCGCGCUGCUGCCCACCCUCCCGGCCCCACCGCGGGGCUACCGGGCCGGGACUGAGCCGCCGGCACCCUUGGGUGCCGGAGCAGGGCGAGGCAUGGCCGUGCCGGGGAGCCGGGGCGGCUUGGCACCCCGUGCCCACCUCGGGGGACCCCAUGGUGCUGGGCUCCGGCGGCCGUGGCGGGUGCUGCUCCUGGCCUGGCUCAGCCUGGGCUGCGGCAUCGGCACCGCGCAGGGCUCAGCCCCGGAGGUGCUGGUGCGGGGCCCCGAGCCCCCUGCCCGUGCUCGGCCUCGCCGGCAGCUGGCUCGAGGUGCCUGGGGGCCCUGGGGACCCUGGAGCGCCUGCUCCAGCUCCUGCGGGGACGGCGUCGCCUUCCGCGCCCGGAGGUGCCUGCGAUCCACCACAGAGGAGCCGUGCACGGGAGACCCACGGCAGUACCGGCUCUGCCAGCUCCAGGGCUGCCCCGGUGGCUCGGUGCCUUUCCGCGCCAUGCAGUGCUCCCUCUACGAUGACAAGCCCAUCCCGGGCACGCAGGCCCGGUACCGCUGGGUGCCCUUCUACGGAGCCCCCAACGCCUGCAACCUCAACUGCCUGGCCGUGGGGCACAAUUUCUACUACACCUUCGGCCGGGUGCUGGACGGCACCCGCUGCGGCCCCGACUCCCCGGAGCUGUGCGUCGGCGGGCGCUGCCUGAGCGUCGGCUGCGACGGGAUCCUGGGCUCGGGUGCGCGGCCCCACGCCUGCGGCCGGUGCGGCGGCGGCCAGGACGGGUGCCUCUUGGUGCACCGGCUCUUCCAGGGCACGGAGCCCCCCUCCGGUUAUUUUGGGUACGUGAAUGUGACCAAGAUCCCGGCUGGGGCCACCAACAUCAGGGUGACAGACAAGAGCCGCAACUACCUCGCCCUGAUGACAAGCGACGGGCGCUACGUGCUCAACGGGGACUGGUCCAUCGCCUGGCCGGGGCCGUACGAGGCGGCCGGCACCCGGCUGCUCUACGCCCGGACCCCCGACGGCACCGAGAGCCUGGAGGCGGCAGGGCCCACGGACGAGGAUCUCCACGUGCUGGUCCUGCUGCAGGAGCCCAACCCCGGCAUCGAGUACGAGUUCUGGCUGCCCCGUGGGCACCCCCAGCCCGGUGACACCAGCCCCCUGCGGCAGCCCCAGCCCCGGGGGGCCGGCAGCCCCCCGCCUGCAGAGCCCCCGGCCCCCACACCGCCCCCCAGGACCCAGGGCCACACCACAGAGCCGCUGCCACCGAGAAACCCCCCUGGCCGCAGCGGGGCUGCCGCAGGGCGAUGCGGGAGGUGCCGGCCGCCCAAGGGACGCUCCCAGCGCAUCCGGCACUUCUGCCAGAGCGACUUCGUCUUCCAAGCCCGGAUCCUGGCGCGGCGCUCGGUGGGGCAGGAGACGCGCUACGAGGUGCAGGUGAAGACGCCGUACCGGCACCGCUUCCCGCUGGUGCCGCGCGAGUACGUGUGGGUGCCCGACACCUGCGGCUGCCCCCCACUCCUGGAGGGCCGCGAGUACCUGCUGAUGGCGCGGCGCCACGUCAACUACGAGCACACGCUGAACCGCAUCCUGCUGCAGCGCGACGGCUACGCGCGCCCGUGGUCGCCCCGCGAGGACCGGCUGGUGCGGGAGGCAGCGCGGCACUGCGCGCAGCCCCGGCCGCCCUGAGCCCCCGGCCCCAUCACCCAGGGGGUGGCAGCGGGACCCCGGGGGCCACGGGGGGGCCGGGACCCCUCCUGCCACGCAGCGGGUCCUCUGCGGCCCUUUGCGAGGCCAUGGAGGGGCCAGCGCCACCCGGAGCC